AUGCUCUUCCCUGCCGUCUCUUCCCACCUUGCUUCUCCCUUUUGCUCUCUUCCCACCCUCUCUUUUGCCUCCCCUCUGCCUCUCCACCUCCCCUCUCUUGCCCUCUCCUACUGUUAUUUGCUCUUCUUCUUUCCACUAUAUACCCCCUCCCUCUCCCCCAUUCCUCUCCCCAUUCCCUCUCCCCUCUCACGCCUGGUCCCUAUCUCUCCUCCCCAUCUCUCCUCCCCAUCUCUCCUCCCCAUCUCUCCUCCCCAUCUCUCCUCCCGCCACUGCUCUCCUGUCAGUCUGCUCACCGUCCGUGCUCAUCGUCGUCACCACCCAUCUCGUCCGUCUACGUCUGUCCCACUCAUCAGCCGUGAGCAGAGCAUCUACAGCGAAAACGCCAACCCCUUCUGCCUCGUCUGCCAGCCGUGCGCUCAGCGAAUGGCGAAGAAGAAGAGCAAGCGCGUUGCAGCGCCCGCAGAUGCUGCCAAGGGCUCGACAGCUGAGGCUGCUGGCAAGUCAGCUGCGGUGGCAUCGGCGCCUGUGGAGGGUCGGGAGGCGGACAAUGAAGGCACGGAAGAAGCAGGGGCACAGCAGGCGACAGAGAGCAGGCGAGUGCAGAAGAGGGCUGCCAAGCAGACGAGGCUCAUGGACAAUUUGAGGCGGACGCAGACCCUUAUUGCUGCUGCCAGGGGAGAAUCAAAGACCAAAAAGGCAUCUAAGAAGAAGAAAAAAGGAGCAGUGUCCAACCUGCCAACCACCCUCACAUUGGACACCCUCGCAUCAUCGCUGGGGGAUGCUUUGCCCGAUGCACUGGCUCUGGGCAAGGAGGCGGAGAAGCGGCAAGCAGUGCUGUCUGCGAAGCAGCGUGGGAAGAUCGUAGUUGAGGAGACCAGGCAAAUGGCAGCAGUGCUUUCACACCCCGCCUUCAAAGCCAACCCCUUCACCGCCAUUCAGCAGCACCUCUCCAACACUCUUCCCUCGUCAGUCGCACCGCCCCCUCUCCCCACCAAGUUCGCGACGAGGCAAGCUCAACAAGCCUUGGAGAAAAAGAGGAAGAAAAAGAAGGCGAAGAAGAAAGCAGGUGGUGGAGUGCAGCAUGGGGAAGAUGCCAUGGAGAUGUAA